AUGGCGGAGGACGAGGGUGGCAAUGGAAUAGACGAAGAUUCAGACACUUGCAACAUAUCUUCCCUUACAGAAAGUUUGCGUGACUCUCCCACCCCGAUGCAUCCUCACUUUGGAUCUCAGAAUGAUAGAGAAGGGGGGUCCAUGGCAUCCACGCAGUCAAAUGGCCGAAGGUCAAGGAGGACAGGCAAACCAAGGCUUCGCCAUGCACAAUCCGGUUCAAGGGCGCGCACAUUGAGGUUAGGUGCGAAAAGAACGGCUGAAGAAGCCUUCAGCACCACGGAGUCAAGCCUGCCCUUCAGCACCACAGAGUCAAGCCUGCCGCCGCGGCAUCCACUGCAACCUCAGCUGAAUGCAGCCCCACCUCUGGAUCCACCCCCACCUCUGGAUCCGGAAAUCGAUGAGCUUAUCGACAGUGUGUUGGCAGUGGGAGAGAAUGUUGUGCUAGCUGCAUCUGGCCUAAGGCAGGCACUGCAGGAACAGGAUUCUGCCUCCGAUUCAUCAUCUGAGCCCUUGUCUCCUGAUGCGGCAAUUGAGUUGUUUGACCACGAUGAUACUAGCAGUUCUUCGGCAGCUCUGUCUCUAGAUCCGGAUAUAGAAAGUUUCAUUGAUUCCGUGUUGGAUGGAGGCGAGGAGGCACUGCUUGCUUCACUACACCUUGGAGGGGAGUCGCCACCACCUCCUUUGGAUCCCGACAUUGAUCUGCUUAUUGAUUAUAUGCUUGCCAAAGAGGAAGAAGACCUGCUUGCCGACUCAAACUUUCGAGAGGAAGACCUGUUGUCCCCUGUGGACGAUGGCGCCAUUGACCCUGUUGACUCGGUGGUAGGUAGACGGAAGAGUUUUCUACCUGCUGGCGAUGGAAACCUUGAUGAAGAUGUGAUGAUUUGGGCCGGUGAGGGUUUCUCUGAGCCACUACGUUCACGACUCUCAGGUGAAGUUGGUAAAUUAGAUGAGGAUGCCGGGGGUACUUCAUCAGCUGAAGUAGAUUCGGAAACAUCGCCGACCUCCAGAUUAACUGGUUCUGCAUGGGACGUACUUAAGCUAAGCGGCACCAAACCGGGUUCGUUCCGAGGCGUUGAAGGCCUGGCAACCGAUGAUUGGCUCCACGGCCCAGCCGACGAUGUCCCCUCUGAGUUACAGAAUGUCCUUUUGCCGUCGUUGACUUCUCCCGUGAUGCCAGAUACUGGUGAGAGUUCGAUAGAGGCGAUGACGAAAGUUUUGUAUUCACUCUUUGGAGACGCCGACGGCCAGAUAAGUGAGGUAUCGCCUCUGGCCAGUGGACAAGCAAGGGAUAGUUCUAAUAUGCCGCUUCAUGAGGAAGCAGAAAGCCCGCCUUUUGAGGUUUCCCCUCCUGAAUCGCCUUUUGCACGAGAUCCAGGGCACGGCAGCGAACAAAACGUCAGUAGCUCUGCCCCUUCUGCAGCUAUUACCGUGCAACAUCCACCUCCUAGACACUCGGCUGCAGUUGUGCCACAAGCGAGCGAACAGUCUGCAUCUGCAUAUCCAACCAACGUAGCUCGGAAUUUCCUUGGCUGGGUCAAGGGGGUAUAUCCUCUGACUUCGGAUGACGUCCUCAAAACCCACCCACUUUAUCGUCACCCCAAGUCACCAACGAGUUUACGUAUUAGAGAAUUUAACCAGACUUUGGCUUCAUCUCUUCGUUCAUUCCACUUUUCCAUUAAUGCCGUGCUCUGGGAGUGCAGAAAUCUUCUCCGCAAGGAGUCGCUCAGUGAGGCUGACUACGAAUUGCUUAUGGCCCAUACAGAGCGCCUCUGCGGAUACGCAAGCGGGUGCAUGGCGGUGUCUCCUCGACGUAAUCGACCUCUUCAAGCCGUAGAAACUCUUGGAACGGUUUUGCUCGUCCUGGAUACACUUUAUUGUUUGUCUGAGACGCUGGGAGAGAGUUCUAAGAAAGAGGUGUGGUGGCCCUGGGUUGUUAGUCAUAUACAAAACGCACGGUACGUACCCAAUGUUAACAGUCGGGCUAGGACUCACCACAGGGAGCUCGACGUUGCACUCUCCCUCAAUGUUGCGUUAGGCUACUACAAGGAAGGCAAGCGGCCUCCGAUGCGUCUCCUGAUUGGCUUGAAAGAAGCCUUACUGUGUACUCCUGGGUCGUCAAAGUUCAGGUCCCGCGCCUGGGACUUUUAUAGGCGGGACGUUACUGAAUGGAGCAACGCUUUACCAGGGAACGCGCCAGCUGGUGAACAGUCCCCGCAGCCGUCGACGAGCAGCAGGCAAUGA